AUGGUUCUAAGAAAGGUUGUUAUUGGGGUCAGAACCGUACCCUCCUUUGCAGCGAAAUUGACCGCAACUAAAGACUUUACAGCUUCAAUUCUGACCCAAUUUUGUGGUGAGGGUCACCGACGGCUCGUUGUCGCGACGCUUCGUUGUCCGGUUACGUUUUUCUUUUGGGAAACUUAUGAAAUCAUUGAAGAACCGAUAGCCAAUGACUGCAUCCGAACCCAUGAAAGAGUGGGGGCUAUCCGGCAUGCUGACUCAUAUGUUACCCUCUCCUUCUCUGCCCGCAUUUUGCACCCCAAUUUCAUCAUUUCCAUCCCUUUCCGAAUGGCUCCAGGAAGACCCAAACUCCAUGUCCCUCCAUGUACCUUCUGUGGGAGGAUCUUCAGUCGGUCGCAACACCUGCGGCGACAUGAGCUGAUUCAUACGCAGGAAAAGCCGUUCCAAUGUCACUGCGGCCGUGCAUUUUCCAGACAGGACCUUCUGAGGCGCCAUGACCGGGUAUCCCACUCGUCCACUGGACUCCAAUCGCCUCCAGAGAAAUCCUCUUCCAACCCUACUAGAUCUUUGAGCACUGGUCCGGCUCAAUUUGAUUUAAACAACUCGACCUUACCAGUCAGUGCAGGCUUGGAAAAUGUCAUCUCGGCGCCGAAUCUGUCCGCUCCGACAGCGCCAUUCCAGAGUAUAAUCACUCCGCCGGCAUGGGACGGACCAUCCCAGACACUUCCUACUUUCUUUCAACCAACCCCGGCAAGCUUCCCCGACAUGGAGUUGGGGCAGGACCCAAUUUCCGAUAACUUUGCCUUUGCAUUUCCCAAUUUCGUUCCCUCUCAAUUCUUGGACACUGAGAUCUCUCUCUCGGAUCUACUCGAGCAGUUUCCUGCACAGGGGCAGGCGUCUCAGGGACCACGGCUGUCUUCAACGCCAGCUGGUCCUCCUGCUCCCUCUCUCGACGACACAGCCGACUAUCCUAGUGUCCUGCCCGAUCCAAAGGACCAACCACAGCGCCGCCUGCCAUCGCUAGAUGACCAGCCGCACAAAAGUGGCUUGGAGGCGCAACUCGACGCGGCAGGAUGUCCGUGGGCAAUCUCUGCGGGCGCGUACAAGACGAUCGUGGACAAACUGACCGCAAAGCGGACUGCCUUGAUCGAUUUUUCACUGCCAUCCAGGUGUGCCCUCGUGCGAUAUUUGGAGGGCUACUUCCGAGGAUUUCAUGACCAUCUUCCGUUUCUUCAUAUGCCGACCUUCCGUGCAGAGACCGUCGAGCCCGAGCUCCUCCUCGCAAUGGCGGCUGUCGGCGCCUUGCAUCGCUUCGAGCAUCACAAGGGCCACCAGUUGUACGUCGCAGCGCGGUCCCUGAUUGACCAGAACACGCAGGAUCGCCGUCGCAGACUGGUCGGGCAACUAGUCGGCCGCUCACCAGGAUCUGCAGCAUAUGCCAGUCCUUUUUCAGACAGUCGCCGCGGUUCGAGCAAUCCGACCAGUGCAAACGAGACGGCUGAAGAUACUACUGACGAACUUCAGCGAGCACAAGCCUUGAUCGUUCUGACAGCCAUGAGCUCCUGGGGUGAGGAAGUCCUCGCGCAGGAUAGUCUAGCGAUGAGCAGCCAGCUGGCGGUGCUCGUGCGGACACUGGGGAUUCAGGAAACGGACAAUGGCGCAGAUGCCGAACUCAGCUGGCUGGCAUGGGUGGCACACCAACAGCGGCGACGUACCUUCUUAAUCUCAUACAUCGUCUUUAACCUGCAGAGCAUCAUCUUCAAUAUUCCACCGCAGAUUCUUACUAGCGAGGUGGCCGUGUGUUUACCAUCCUGCGAAGCAGAAUGGAGGGCUUCUUCACCCGCCGCGUGGGAGCGACAUCGCGCCGUCUCCCGGCUCCAUGAACGCGGAUUCACUUCGACGCUCAACGAACUUCUCAACGGAAACGAUAUCACUGGUCAUAGCCUUAUCUCUCCCUUUUCCAAUUACAUCCUCAUUCACGGCCUGGUACAGCGCAUCUACUUUGAGCGACAAGCCGCUGGUGGCAGUUUGCGUACUCCACUCGUAGAAUCCCUCGAAACAGCACUGAAGCACUGGCAAUCUAGCUGGGAGAGCACCUGGGAGUCGAGUCUGGACCCAUACUGUCCCAAGGGACCGUUGGGGUUCAACGCGACCGCACUGCUACGACUCGCCUACAUCCGAUUGAAUUGUCGGACGGGUCUCUGUCAUGAGCUCCUCUCCAGCGAUACGACUCGUCUCAAAUCACUCAUCUCCCCAACACCACCGCUAGAUCAUAUUAGUCGUUCCCCGGCCCUCAAUCGUGCUAUCCUGCAGUGCAUUCACGCCCUGAGCAUCCCUGUGCGGGUGGGAAUCCCCUACGUCGCGCGCACGCAGACCUUGAGCUGGAGCGUACAGCACUCCAUCUGCCACCUAGAGUGCGCGGUGCUGUUGAUACGGUGGAUGCAGAUGCUGGCUAGCGCCGUGGCAGCACACGGGAUGGGGAGUCUGCGGGAGGAUGAACGGAAGCUGCUCCGCAUGGCGGAGUACUUGAUUCAGGAGACAAAUGCUGUGGAGGGAGAUGAAGGCAAGGAGGGAGAGAGUGAAGCGGAGAAGAUCCAGCGGCUGGCGGGGAUGACGGCGCAGGUCUGGGCUGAGAUCUCGAGCGGGAUUCAUGUCUUUGAUCUGGUGCGGAGGAUUGGGGAGGCGUUAAGGGGGAUUGCGGACAUGCUAGGAGGUGAAGGGGAAGGGGGUAGUGAGACAUAUUAUCUCUCCUCCAGCUCUGGCAGUGUAAGCCGGUAA